CUGCAGUGCACCGUAAUUGAGGGACAAUGAUGGAAGAAAGCGGAAUAGAGACAACUCCACCUGGAACCCCUCCCCUGAACCCCACAGGCCUGACCGCCGCCGCCGCCGCCGCCAUGCCCUCCACUGAGGUUCACUUAGCUGCAACCAGUUCCUUCUCAUCUCCUGGUGUGUCCGGGAUGGAGUCCUUGCCGCCACACGCGUACUCCACGCCUCAGCCAUCCCUGCCCCCUGUGCAGCCCUCGGCCCCGCCUCCUUUUGUGCCGCUGUCCCCAGCUCCUUCGGUUCCCCUGAGUGGCACCUCUGUGCCACCCUCCAUGUCUCUGUCACCUGCCACGGCCUUCAGCAGCCCCCCCACAGCCCCCUUCCCACCUGCGACCUCCGCCUCCGGCGCUCUCCUGUCCACACCACCUUCGGGUCCUCCUAUCUCAGGAUUUUCCGUUGGUGCAGCCUACGACAUCACGAGGGGCCAUGCCGGGAGAGCGCCCCAGACGCCUCUGAUGCCGUCAUUCUCUGCACCUCCAGUCACAGGUAUUAUGCCAGCUCCCAUCACUCAGCAAGCCAGUAUGACAUCUCUGGUACAGGGACCUGGAACCACAUCAGCCAUUACUUUCCCAGAGGAACAGGAAGAUCCGAGAAUUAUUAGAGGCCAGGAUGAUGCACCUGCUGGUGGGAUCUGGGGUUUUAUCAAGGGUGUAGCUGGGAAUCCUAUGGUGAAAUCUGUGCUUGACAAGACCAAGCAUUCGGUGGAGAGCAUGAUUACGACGCUGGACCCCGGCAUGGCUCCAUAUAUCAAAUCUGGAGGUGAACUGGAUAUUGUUGUCACCUCAAAUAAAGAAGUGAAGGUGGCUGCUGUCCGAGAUGCCUUCCAGGAGGUCUUUGGCUUAGCUGUGGUUGUGGGGGAAGCUGGACAGUCCAAUAUCGCCCCACAGCCAGUAGGCUAUGCGGCUGGAUUAAAGGGUGCCCAGGAACGUAUAGACAGCCUACGGAGAACUGGUGCCAUCCAUGAAAAGCAGACUGCCGUGUCGGUGGAGAACUUCAUUGCUGAGCUGCUGCCCGACAAAUGGUUUGACGUCGGCUGCUUGCUGGUUGAGGACCCCGCACACGGCAUCCGCCUGGAAGCCUUUACUCAGGCCACCCCGGUGCCUCUGGAGUUCGUGCAGCAGGCACAAAGCCUGACUCCCCAGGACUACAAUCUGAGGUGGUCAGGCCUUUUGGUGACAGUGGGUGAAGUCCUGGAAAAGAGCUUGCUAAAUGUCAGCCGGACUGAUUGGCACCUUGCUUUCACGGGUAUGUCUCGCCGACAGAUGAUCUACAGCACAGCCAAGGCUGUGGCAGGCAUGUACAAGCAGCGCUUGCCACCCAGGCCCAUGUGAGACCAGCUGCUGGGAAAUGGAGACCCGCCGUCACCUUGGGCUCUGUGUUAGAGGAGAAUGGAUAGCUUCUGUGAAUCCAACACUUUUUACAACUUGCCUGUAGGCUGCAGUCCUUUCAAAAGAAAAAAAAAUGUUUUUAAAUAAAGGCACAGUGUCAUUCCAGUAAAACAAAAGAAGUAGAUCCUCUCUUUACUGUCGUGAUUCAUACAUCCUAGUUCUCAAAAAAUACACACACAUCUUUACAGCACAAUUCAUAUACCAAAUCUAUAAAGUGGAAAUCCAUGCUCACAUAUUCAAUUGUUCUUGGCUCAUCAUUCUUAAGAAUGUGUAAUGCGGUCUGCCUGUGUUAAGGCUAGCUUCCUGUUGUCAUCUGUGUGUGCACAUGCUCAACAAUGGAUCUUAAAUGAUGCUGGGGCCGGGGUGUGUGUGUGCACAGUUCCAUGUGUUUAUAGAAUAUGGGCCAAAUUAACAGAAUGGAUAUUUUUUUGUCAUGUACAUGCAUAGUUUAAAAGUUAUAUGCUUGUUUCUUUUUUGUUUUAAAUUUUGGCAUUUUACAGAUUGACACUAUGAAUAUCAGAAAAUAACGUUUCAUUUUUCUUCAUUGCUAUGUGAAAACUAAAUGGCAGAUCAUCCAAGUGUAUUUUAGAUCAGAAAUG